AUGAUGAAGAUAUACACCAGAUGGUUCCUGUUCAUUGCAACCCAACUGUGGGUCUCCGUUGAAGAUUCAAAGUAUUUGCAAAAGAUUAAAAUAAUUGUGAGUGAGAUUAACAAGAGUUUGGGACAAGACGGGCAGUUGUGUUAUUAUGUCAACAAUAACACAUUGUUAGAAACGGGAUCAGUGUUAACUUUCGACUGCUACACCCAGCCGACAUGGGGGAGGUACUUGUAUGUCGUCAGGGCGGUAAAUGCCAUUAUCAGACCUGAUGCCAUAGCCAUUGGUGAAAUUAACAUUCUUACUUCAAAUAUUGUUCACCCUGUGAACAAACUAGAACUGUCGAAUUAUCACGUCGUUCAGAAAGGAACAUAUGGAGGUCAUCACGCUGAUUUGGCCAUUGACAAGAAUACUGUAACUUAUUCCGUCGCGUGUGGAAAUUGUAACGGGGCCGUUGGCGACGGUCCUGAACUGCAGUUCCUAAUCUUUGGUGGAAGCAAAUUCCAAACACUUUGCGAUAAGAAACUGGAUGUUCUCACCGUUAGUGAAAGUAGACAUUAUUUCUCUGACGAUGUAUGCAUGAUUCGAUCAACACCGAAGGGUUACACAUGCUUCGAUAAAGCUCGUGAAAUUGUGGAUCUACAAAUAUUAAUUCUCUUUUCUUCUAGUAAGUCUUGCGGCCUUGAACCAAUCCCGACUGGACUCAUGAAGGAGUUUGUUGAAACACUUUUGCCAUUUUUGUAA